GGAUACAUAGCGGGUCUCACAGCCGCAACCGAAGUUCAGUGCGCCCACAGACAGCUUCCGCGAUGGUCAACUACAGACGAGUGGUGUGCGAGGUGGCGUUGGUAGCCCUGCUGGUGGCGGUAGUGCGCGGUGCGCCUGCACCUGAUUGCGCCACCAAGCACUAUGACCAGCGACAGAAUGGCACAGAGAACUACAGGCUGAACAUCGACGGAGUGGUGAUUGCAGUGGCUCCGGCCGAGUCCUUGCUGUCCGCUCUCGGGGACAUGGACGAUCUAUUGGACCUGGCUAUGGAAGAGUACAACAAUGAGUACAAACCCAAGCCUCCCCACGGCUCGUCAUCAUCAGAGCCUGCCAUACAAGUGGUGUCCCUGCCGGUGCCGGAGGAGAAGCCCCAGAAAAUUAAGCCUCAGGAGGAGAAACCCGCAGACGCUGAUAAGCCUCAAGACGUAAAGCCCGAGGCACCAGCAAAACCCGCCGAGCCUGCAUCCUCCUUGAGUGAUGUUAGUUUGGACAGCGACUUGAAGAUCCAGAAGAAGGAUGCGUCGCUGAGGAAACAGGAGAAAGCACAAAGACUGAAACAUCGCCUGGCGAGCUUCCUGAUGCCACUUCUAAGAAAAACGCGCCAUCAUUAAUUUAAAAAAAAAAAUUGUGAUCAAUUAACAAGUAUCUAA